AGUGGAUGUGAAGGAGGUAUAUAAGAUGUGGAGCAGGAAGCAAAGAUCACACACUGCAGCCAUGGAAUACCUCGAGGUCACUGCGUUUCUUACUCUCUUGCUAUCCUGCACUUCGGCGUCCCUCUUGGGACAGAACUAUGGACCACCAUCCUUCGUGUCCCACAACAUCCUACCCAAUCAGGGCGGCCAGUACGGGAGGGGACAGUUAGACACCCUCCACUUGACACGAGGCCAAUAUGGGGGCCCCUCAAUUUCCGGACCAGUUGGAAAUGGUAACUUCGGGGGUCCCUUGAUAUCCAACCUUGGGGGACAAUACGGGAAUCCUGGCGGGGCGGGUCCCUAUGGUCCUAACGUGGUCCAUGUCUCUGGUGGUCCAGGCGGUGGUUCUUUCGGAGGUUCUGGUGUGGUGGUCCAUGGUCCUGGCGGUGGUUCUUUUGGCGGCUCCGACGUGGUGGUCAACGGUGGUGGAAUUGGCGGCGUGGUGGAUCAGCCUGUGGAAGUAGUAGAUGGCGGCGUGGUGAGUGGCAACUUGGGUGUAGUGCAUGGCGGCGAAGGUAACGUGGUGGGCCCCUGCGACGAGGGGAAGGUGCUCCAGGUGGAUGGGUCAUGCGUGCUGCCCGUGGUUCACCGCAGAAUGUUUGUCUUCGCUGCCCCGGAACGCCCCAGGGCGGUCCUGCCGCCGCCCAGGCUGCCAAAGCCCGAGGUGCUGCACAACGUGGUGAUCAUCAGGCCCGAGGAGCCACAGGAUGACCCGGAGCCACUCGUCAUCCCAGCACCGCGGGUCAAGAACGUCCUACUCGUCCUCAACAAGCUGAAGGAACAACAGCAGAGAGUGGUGCAAAUCCCGCCACAUCCUCCCUCCACCCCCAGCGUGUACUUCGUCAACUACAAGGACGACCAGGACCUCCAGGAGCAGGGAUUCGACGACCUUGGCAUUGACCUCCAGGGCACUGGCGGUGCUGGCGGUUUUGGUAUCGGUAUUGGUACUGCUGGUGUUGGCGGUACAAGCGGUAUUGGCAGCAGUUUUGGAGCUACUAGUGGUGGAAGUGUUGGCAGUCUUAGUGGCAGUGCUGGAGGCGGUUUUGUAGGUGGUAUUGGUGGUGGUAUUGGUGGUGGUAUUGGUGGUGGUAUUGGUGGUGGUAUUGGUGGUGGUAUUGGUGGUGGUAUUGGUGGUGGUAUUGGUGGUGGUACUGGCGGUUUUAGUGGCGGAAUUGGAGGCGGUUAUGGUGGUGCUGGUAUUGGUAGCGGGGUGGGGGUGGUGGAGACCGCCUAUGGAGUGCCUCAGGUGAAUGACGUGGAUCAUAUAGUGGUGGGCGGCGGUGGAAGGGACCUGAGCUACGCGGCGAGCGACCCAGAGGACGUGGUGGUGGAGGUAGAAGAAGGCUCCCAUCAAUCAGAAUCAAUCUCAGAAUCGGAUGACUCCUCCAAGGCCCUGUUCGUCAAGACCUAGGCACUACUAACCACAAGUACCCUAUAUACCCUUGAUACUCCAACCCCAGAACCCUCCCCAAUCCCUCCCCGCCAAACAUUACACUUCCCCAACCAGCCCUAGUCCAUGUCCAACCCUCCAAACUAGAGUUACUUCAUCCUUGCCAUACUUUCUUCCCCUCCCAACACCCCACCGAACACCACACUCCCCUCACCCCUCUCACACUCAACACUACUCUUCAUCCCAACAAAACCUCUCAUGACAUGGCUCUCCUUAUCUUUUUUACUCCACUGCCAACACCACUCCUUCCCAACCAAACACACACAUACAUACACACAGACAGCCAUUUUUCCUCCCCUCCCUGUCGCCCCUCUCCCCCGUAGAACUUCUCCCCACCAAAAUUUUCAACAUUCAAGACAGCAAUCGCCACAGGUUCCGCGGAUCUCACUCAGAAAAUAAAAGCGCGGGUUGUGAAGAAAGUAUGUGUAUGUAUGUUAGAAAAAAAUGAUAAAAAAGAGAAGGUAGUCUGAAUAAUACUUUGUGGUAUAGAGAUAAAAAAAAAAGUUCAUGAAAAAAAAAUCGUGUAAUUGAGUACCACAUCAAAUUAUUCAGAUAACGAAGACUAGUAAUGAAUAACUAGUUUAUUUUUGUACUUGUCAUUCACUAGUCUUUGUUUUUUUUUUUUUUGAAUGACUAUUUUUCUAUUUCUGUUAUUAAGAUUACAACUGUAUUUAUUAUUACUAUUACUACUACUACUAUUGCCAUUUACUGACUUUUAUUACUAGUAUUAUCUAUCUGAAUGCCAAGAAGACUUAGUUGUAUUCUGUGUCUCUGUCAAGUCUUUACUGAAGAUUGUGACACUGUGAUAAAGAUGAAAUAAACUGUUUAUGUUUCAUCGA